UCCAGUUAGAUAUUAGAGGGUGCAAAGUCAAUCUGAACUUGCAGCCAGUGCAGAGUGGUGGAGAAGGACGUCUAUAAGAGGGGAGCUGCAGGAAGUUUCAUUUCCAAAAGUUUUACAUGAUAAAGCCCUCUGACUUGUUGAACAAUAAGAUUGGAUGGAGAUGAUUGGACACAUCCUCACACACCUGCUCUGUCUUGUGUGCCUCUGCUACACUCAUCCUCUGGCAGAUUCUCCCCAACCAACAGCAAUGAUACCAAGAUCCCUGCAUGUGGAUAGCUCUCUAGGCGGCACGGUGGUGUUGAGGUGCAGCUUCUCUAUGAUGCCCGUUUCCCAAAGCAGCUCCGAAGAGGUCAGAAUCCAGUGGAUAAAGCUGCAUUCGCUACUAGGAGACCAGGUGGUACUGGUGGCCCAAGGAGGGAGGGUAAAGUUUGGAGCAACGUUUGUGGACAGAGUGUCAGUGCCUACAAACCCGCAGUCAGUUCAGGAUGCUUCACUGACGAUCACUGGGGUCAGCAGGAGCGACUCCGGGGUUUACAUCUGCAAGGUGACACAUGGACUGGAGGAGACUCAAAGCGCAGUCAGUCUUACCGUCUCCGGUGAGUAAAUAUUCUGUUUGCUC